AUUUCCUUUUCCUAUAAAAUUUAUUAAAAAAAUUAAUCAUCUUCUUUUCUUCUUGGCCGCAACCGCUAAUUUCUCUAUUUUGUUAUGCUGUGGCCGACUGCGGCGAAGCGAAUGGCGGCGGAGACAGUGACGAAGAGCGGCGCGAUCGUGGAGAAAGGCUACGUGUACGAAGAAGAGACGCAUCUCACGGUGCUGAAAACCUCUCUCUUUUUCGCCGGCGACGGCUUCACUGCUUACGAUUGCAAAGGCGCUCUCGUCUUCCGAGUCGACUCGUACGGCCCCGACGCCGGCGAUACUGGCGAAGUCGUUCUCAUGGACGCCUCCGGCAGAUGCAUCCUCACCGUCCGCCGCAAGAGGCCGAGUCUGCACCAGCGAUGGGAGGGCUUCGUCGGCGAGGGAUCGGAGGGGAAGAAGGCGCUGUUCAGCGUGCGGAGAUCGUCGAUAAUCGGACGGUCGAGCAUGACGGUGGAGGUGUACACCAACCCCGGCGAGGAGUACCAGAUCGAAGGCUCCUUCGCGUGCCGGAGCUGCAACAUUCUGGCGGCGGAUAAGGAGAUCGUGGCGGAGAUCCGGCGCAAGGUGGACGCGACCACGAACGUGGUGCUCGGGAAGGACGUCUUCGUGCUGUCGUUGAAGGCGGGGUUCGACGGCGCAUUCGCCAUGGGGCUGGUGCUGGUGCUCGAUCAGAUCUACGGCGCCGAUGGAGACGAGGCCGGCGGCGGAGUUCACACCGGGAGCAAGGUCGGUGCGGACCCCACCUGUGAAGAUUCCAAUUUGAAUAUCCUGUAGAUUGUAGAUUUGCGGUUUGAUUUUUGUUUUUUCUUUUCACUUUUAUGUUAUGUGAAUCAAAAGAAAAUAUAUGUAAAAUUUUAGGAGGAGUUAUGAAUUACUAAUUUAUGAAAAGAUUAUCAAACUUAAUAAAUUAA